AUGUGUCAGUGUCAGACAGAAGUAGUUAUGAGGGUCGGUGACUCUUUCACAACGAGCAUUUAUCAGGAGGGGGGUAUAUCCCAAAUCGUCCGGUUGGGCCCCGGGGCCCGUGUCAUUCCCAGGCUGGAGGUCACUAGGGGAGACUCGUAUAGUCCGGCCCGGCGGCCCCAGUGGCUGCUCAGCGCUCUGACUCAUCACUUCGGACAGGACCGGGGGGUGGAGAACGAGAUCAUCGUUUUGGCCACUGGGCUGGACCAGUACCUGCAGGAGGUUUUCCAUCACUUGGACUGGGGGGCACAAGAGACCAUCCCUGGGGCAGAUUUCCGCGCUCUGUGUCACGUGCUGGGGCUGGAGGGGUCGGGGGGGCAGGAGGAAUGUGAGGGGCUACUGGACAACCUCCCGGGGCAACUCACCUUCCGCCAGUUCCACGCCCGACUCUGCGGCUACUUCAGCGGCAAAUCUGCUUCCGACACCUGCCGCUUCCCCUGCGGCACCGACACUGAACUCAUCCAGACCCAGAUCCGCCUGCGGAGCCCGAGGAGACGCAGAGACCCGCCCCCUCGGAGCCGCCUGGAGUCUGACGCAGAGCGGAGUCUGGAGCAGGAGAACAGCAGCCUCCGGGAACUGGUGGAGGAUCUGAGGGCCGCGCUACAGAGCAGUGAUGCCCGAUGUCUGGCCCUGCAGGUUGGUCUGAGGAAGAGCCAGACAGCGGAAGGGGGCGGGGCCACAUCAGACAGCCGAGUGCUCACUCACACUUACACACUCACUCAGCACGUGGAACAUGUGGAACAAGUGGUGCAGAGGGUCAGUUUGAUCCAAAACUCGAGUGAUGUCCAGAUCCAAGAACUGAUCCGGAUUAACCAAGAGCUGGAGGAGGAGCUUGGUCGCUCGCAGGAAUGUCUGGCUCGGGGGGAGGAGCUGAGUCGGAGAAUGAAGGAGGAGCAGGUGGAGAUGAGGAGGAGGGCGGGGGAGGCCCGGCAGGUGGUUCUGACCUGUUUCACGAAGGUUAAAGAAUUGGAAGAGAAAUCCAAUAAAGUUCCCCUCCUCCAAAUGCGCCUGAAGCAACUGGAGAUGGAACUGCAGCGCUCAAGGGCAGAGGUGAGAGACCUUCGGCUGAGUGGCCACCAACACAGGAGACGAUCUGGGAGGCUUCAUUGCUUUGUCCCCCCACAGGGCCGCACGUCCCCAGCCGGAGAUCUGGAUAGUGUAUUUAUAGGGGAGGACCAGGUGUUCAGAUCAGUAGAAGGACAAGCGGCUUCGGAUGAGGAAGAGGAAGAUUGGGCAGCGGAGCAGCAACACCCAGCGGGGGUCACGGAGAGGAUUUUGGCCAGAGACGCUUGCUGUGUGAGAAGGUGCGACGAGCAGAUACUGAAGGCGCUGGGUCGGUGCGCUGGUGGGUCGGACAGUAUUGAUUACAGGAAUAUUACGGUUCUGCUCAUGGAGAGGAUUGACCAGCUGAGCGACCAACUGCAGGAAAAACAUCAGGAGAUGAGGAGGCUGGAGACCGACCUGCACAAGCUGAAGGAGCCGUUGGUUGAGGAGCUGGAGAAGAAGAUGGAGGAGACUGAGUUCUUGAGGUCAGAGCUUCAGAUGUUGGAGACAGAGAGAGUCCGUUUGUCUCUUGUGGAGGAGAAACUUCUGGAUGUUCUGGAGCUGCUGGAGAAGGUCAGGAACCGGAAAAUAUCAAAGCGAGACCUGGGAAAGUUACUCCUCAGUGCCCUGGAGUCGUGCAGAGAACCACAGCCGGGGAAGGAUCAGGCAAUGGAAGUGCUGAACUCUCUGCACCAUGAACUGUCCCAGUGUGAGUUGUAUCAUAAAGAAGCAGCAGAGCAGCAGCCAAUGGGGAGCUCACUGGUUAUUUCUUGUUGAGCAGCGACACCUACAGGCCAUGCUGAGUAUCACCCCUGCUCUGCCGCAUAAACAUGAAAACUCUCCAGCCUCUGUCGGCUCCAUUGGGUUUGUUAUUAAGGAGAGUCCGGCCCUUGCCCAUCUGCCAGGGAGACCCCGUACUCUGUCUCUGCUUCAUGCUGCAUGGAAUUCUGGGAAAAAUCCCACCAGUCAUUUAUACUGCUGCCAGUCCUACAGGUGAUUGGAUGGAAAUGUGCAGUUAUUGCCCCUGGGGGUGAUGCUCAUACCCCUGUUCUGUAUAAAAUCUCAAGGGCACAGACUCCUGAACCUUCACCCUCAUUAAGGGAUUUAUUCUGCCGCUCGUUACUAGGGUUGCCACCUGGCCAGUAAAAAUGAUGGUGGAUCCCAAUGUUAUUAAUAGGGAAUAAAGAUAAAUAUAUAGGAAGGUCAGUGAUCCCA